CUUCAAACUAAAGUGAAAAACUUUUUUGUAGACUAAUUAUGACUAUAGAGACCCUUCUUCCAAGGACUAGAGUGAAAAAAAAGAUCGAGGACAAAUUUCUGAGACGACAACAUUUAACCUAUGAAAAACUGUUGUGAAACAAGCCCAGGGCGCAAGUUGUUUUAGCACGUGAUUUACAUGUAGAUCUACAUGCUCGUAUUUCAAAGAAAAUGCUUAGAAGAGAGCACAAAAGUACAAACUUAAGGGUCAAGGAUUCGACAAAAAUAAUAUGCCUGAAUUAGUGGUCCUCCUUAACUGUUUCAAGUCUAUUAUAUUACAAUAGUGUAGUGGGUAAAUACCAAACACGCUGUCAAUUAAUACUUUGAUAAUAUUCUAACGUUUUGGCUAAUUGCCUUCUUUAGGGAAUAGUAACAAUUUUAAUAUAUAUUUAAAAUAUAUAUUCUCUCCAUACAACAAUUCAUAUUUCUAAGAACAAAAACAUGAUGUAUUGAAUUACGCGGAAUAUUGCUAAACUUCCUACAUUAUUAUAGAUCUACAAACAAGUUUCACAAGUCUAUGAGUCUUCACAAAGGUCUUGUUACGGUUAUAUGUACAAAAAUGGCCUAAAAUAAUGAGUUCAAAAGAAUAAAAUCAACAACAUUAUAUUAAUUGUUUUGAUAGGUGAAUAACGCUAAUACAUCUACAAACAAGUAUUUGAACGCCAUGGUGAAAAUAACGGUACUAGCGUUCCUAGUUGCGACAUCACUGAUGGCGUCAUUUCUCUGUGAAAUACUGUAAAACGCUAAAAAAAAACAUGCAAAAAGCUCUCAAAUCAAGGAGAAAACAACAUCUGCAAUUGAUAUUGCAGGGCUGUAUUUGCACGGAAUGGACCAAAUAUAUUGUCAAUGAAUCAAACAACUUAAAUAUUGUGAAAGAUUUUGAUGCUGACAGCGACGAGAGCUUUUGUUUUUGUAUAAAGUAUGAGAUUCCAACCAAAAAACCUCUUAUAUUUGCCAGCGAUACGUACACUAAUAGAACGGUAUGGAUUAACGAAGUAGAAAAGGCGAUACAGGAAGUUCAGCAAUUUUCCGCAGACAGUGGCUUUGGAAGCGCAGGUACAUUUCCACCCAGGGACAGUGGAUAUGCAAGUGGGGGUGUAUUCCCGUCUAGGGAUAGCAGUAUUCCAGAUGAAGCAGACCAUAAAGGCUAUGAUGAAAUACCGGAGUGGCAUAUCAAAACUGCUAGCCCACGACCAAUACAAGAAUCAUUAGAUACUUUGACUUCUUCACCUAUGUUGUCUGUAAGAACUGGCAGUACAGAGAGGACGGUGCAUACUGAUGAUAGACUUGUUCCUAUAAGAACUUCUGACAGUCGUUUUCACGGACAGAAUCAGGAUAGCGUGUACGCAAAUACUGGACCAAGAAAUGUAGAUCACUUAAGUACAUUGUCAAUGGCAUCUUUAAAGGAAGACAUUAAUAAUGACAGCCUGUAUAUAAACACAGGAAGUUCAACAGGAGCUACCCAAGCCAUAGAGUCACUUCCUUCAACAACAAGUUCCCUCCUGUCGGUUUCUGGGGAUACAGAAAGUGUAGAUGAAGAGAGUUGUAACAGUGAGACUGUACCUAAAACAGUCUAUGAGAGUCCUGAGGAAGAUGUUGAUACACUAUAUGCAAAUGCACAGUUUUUCAAAACAACUGAUUACUACUGUGCGUCUAAAAAGAACGGAAGAAGCAAGUUGCAGACCAAACCAAUUGGUACAUUUCUCGUUAGUCCCGGAGAGACUACAAAGCUGGACCUGUGUGUGAAAACUUCAAAUGGUGAUAUUUCAUUCCGCAUAUAUGAACAGAAUGGGAGAAUAUCGCUAUUUAAAACAUUUUCAAUGGAAUGUUGCAUUUUUCCUACCCUGGAUGCACUCCUGCGAUACUACCAUGUUUACGAGUUGCCUUCAAAGACUUUCAAAGUAAAACUAAAAAAGGGAUUAAACAUUGCCGCCUAAGUCAACUUCGUUUAAAUGUCUCUGUGAGUACAAAGGAGAUUCAAAGUGGAUGAUAUAAGAAGUGUUAACCUCGUGUGUGCAUAGAAAUUUUUGCAUAAGUUAUGUAAGCUUUCUUAGAGUUUCAUAAUAUCGUGUCAAAGAUCUCUUCUACGUUUAAAUAUGUGUACGUCGUAGUAAUAGCAUCGAUUUUGUUGCUAGGGGAAAGUGAAGAUAUAUAAUUUCCAUAUUUCCUAAUUAAGAAAUAAUAAAUAUGUGCCUAUAUUUUAUCAGUUAAUAAAAUAUGGGCAAGAGUUCGGAUGCGUAAUAAUUAAAUUACGUGCGUUAUUUCGAUUCUAACCACGCAAAUUCUUCGCAUUUAACAGCACUACAUUUUAGCUCGAUAUGUCAUUCGGCUGGUCAUAUGCUAUUAUAAAAACCUCCCCACGAAUGGAAAGCGUUGCAUAAAACGGAAUUUUCCGAUAUUCAGCAAAUUUUAAUAAAGUAUUAAGUAGUUACUGCUGUAAAAAUUUAUAUUACACAGUUGCGUGCUGGUAUGGAACUAUGUUCAUCUCUACAAAUUUAUAGAGAAUUGAAAAGUUGUUACGAAAAAUCGAAAUAUUUUAGUGUAUUAGAAAAUGUUAAACAUCGAAAUAUGUUAGCCAAAAUAAGAUUGAGUUCUCAUAAGCUAUUUAUUGAAACAGGAAGAGACAGAGGUAUAGGUAGAAGCCAAAGAAUAUGCACAUUAUGCAAUAUGGGUGACAUAGAGGAUGAAUUUCAUUUUAUAUUGAUAUGUCCGUUGUAUAAUGAUUUGAGAAAUAUGUUUAUUUCAAGGUACUUUACUAUUAAUCCUAGUGUUUAUAAAUUUAUACAAUUGUUAAACGAAGAUAAAAAAUUAGUACUGCAAAAGUUAGCACUAUUUUGUAUUAGAACCUUUGAAAGACGCGACAAUGAAUUAGAUUAAUGUUUCUUUAUUACUAUAUGACUUUGUUAUAUUGUGUUAUUGACAUGCUCAGGUCCCUUUAUUUCUAUUAUUAUUAUCACGUAUUCGCUCUCUCUCAACGCAUGCAUUGUUAUUUACAUGUAUAAAACAUGUUGUUAUGACGAUGAGUAUUGUGCUCAAGUCUAAAUAAACCAUAUGUUCUGUUCUGUUCUGUAAAAAUGUUAUUUUCAAUAACAUUUAAGGUCGGAUAUAGAAAUCAGAAGUAAAUACUCCAUUCAAAGUUUAUAUAUGCAGUUUCUAAAAAUAGUGCACGUCACCUACAUGAUGGCACUGAAACAUACACGCCAGAACAUUGCGGCGGCAUAUAAACACGUAAACACUUGAGUCUGGAAGAUUGGAACAUGAAUUAUAAUUUAUUUACUGUCAAAGUAGAAUCUAGUUGUCUUGACAUUUGUGGUGCCUACAACGCAGAAAUUGUAAACUACACACACGACCAGACAUAGAUGCACUGGUGUUGAAGUUGAAACUUACCGUGCUGAAACAUUUUCUUACGGUAAAAAUAUAAACAAAUAAAUUCAUCAGUUAGAAAUUGUUUGUUUCAGAAAAUUUGAUGUACUUUUUAUUACUACUACAUAGCUCUGAAAAAGAGUAUUCGGUCGGCAUAUAACAGAAGCAGAGUAGAAUCUCACAGUAGGGCUGUCAUUGAUUGGGUCUUAGGCAUAUCGACGAUACCGAUAUAUCAGAAGACAGUUAUCGAUGAUACAUCGAUAUAUCGAUUAUUAAGUUAGAUUAACAACCUAUUUGUUCAUAUGCAUACUAUAUACCUUCCUGUAAAUGCUGUUUUUAGUUUUAUUGCCUACUUUUCAUAUUACUGUUUGAUUGUGUUGUAUUUAUAUUUAUGAAAAUAAAAGAAACAAAUAAAAAUUAAUAAAAUCUUUCAUUUUUA